AUAAAAAUAAACUUUUCUUGAUUAAAUUAUCUUUUAUAUUUUAAAUUAAUAUAUAUUUUUUUUAAAUUUUUUUCGGGCCGGAUUUUUAUUAUCGAAUACCGGGUUCUGGGCCUGCUGACGGGUAGAUUUCGAGCCAAAACCGAUCAUAAUUUAAAUUUUAACCUACGAUUAAAUACCGCGCCCACCCCACCCACACAGAUAGCUGAAAUUAACUAGGAAUUUUCUCGCCCGAAUUGGUGACGUCAUACCUUCAUUCGACAACAUUGAAUUCAUACAUGCGGGAAUCCAAUUUAUUCAAAGAUUGGCAAACGUAAAAAAAAAUAACGGAGAUAAAGAAGAGAAAAAAAAAAUUAACAAGAUCUAUUGUAGGGUUGGAAGUGGUUGUGCCAUAUUCUCGAAAAACAAUGGGGAAAAGGAGAACUCACGCCCAGUAACAAUGAAUUCUAGUAACUUGAAAUGCCAAUCAUUCUUGGACCAAAAUUCGAUCCGAUGGCCCGAAACGUCGAAUGGGUCUCUGGCUAGCUUAUCUUGCUCUUCGUUCCUCGAUAGCACUCUAUUCCAGGAUUCCUUGGAAAACGCUUACAAAAAAUGCUUCAGCAACGCCACCUGGUCAACUUACACUAACGACUCUCUCUGUCAACUCAUUACUAUUAAUCAGACGAAUUCAGGGAUUGCGAUGAAAUACAAAUCCUCCUUCCCGACACAAGUCCUUAUCUAUUACAUCGGCUACGCCUUAUCAAUAUUAUCUCUGAGCUUGUCUCUCAUUAUAUUGUCACGUUUCAAAAGCCUCAGAUGCGAUCGUAACGUUAUCCAUUGCCAUUUGAUCAUAGCUUUUAUCAUGAGCGAUAUUCUAUGGAUAUUACUCCACCUUUUUCACACCAAUUUCUCCUUGUUUAACGUGAAUAGCCGCAUGAAAGUGUGUAGCGCUAUCUCGGUAUUUUACACCUAUUUUUACUUAGCAAAUUUCUAUUGGAUGUUAGCUGAGGGCAUAUUCAUGUACCAAAUGGUCAUCAUCGGCUUUGCUCACAAGAUUAUACCUUUACGAUACAUAGUUUCUAUCGGCUGGGGUGCCCCCUUUCUCGUAAUUUGCGCGUGGGCUUUCACCGAUCUGAAAAUUCACGGAAAUAUGUGUAUGCUUAUUUCGAAAUCAAGGAUUUAUUAUAUCUACACCGUUCCUAUCUUCAUAGUCCUCAUAUUAAAUUUCCUUAUCUUCGCCCGCAUCGUCAAAGUGUUGGUCGAAAAGGUUCAUUCUAACACAGGGAAUAUAAAUUAUUUAAAAUCUUUCAAAGGCUUCAUAUUCCUGAUUCCCCAUCUAGGUAUCACCUAUUUCAUCACCUUAUACCAACCUCCCAAUCCCAUUUAUCGCAAAAUAAUUAUGCCCUUUUUGAUAUCGACUCAGGGAUUUUUCGUGUCGUUGUAUUGUUGCUUCAUGAACAGAGAGGUCAAAUUAGUCUUCACGGCCGAAGUAAAAAAUUUGGCUAACAGGCGUAGGUCCAGUGGCACCACCAAUUCUUUCGUCCUUCUCUCUAGCCAUUCCGAUAUUACCUCCUCGUUCCCUUACUUGCUUAAGCGUUUUUCCGUUCUGUCUAACGCUCUGAAGAGGCCAUCCGUCCAGAGCGAGUUCGGUGUAUUCUACGAUGACUCCAUCGUUUCGAUAAGGAAUCCAUCCUCACUCUUAAUGACGAAUGGCACUAAGGAUCAGGAGACCGAAUCUUUGGUCGAGCCAAGCGGAGAAACAACGAUUGAUUCUAAGAUUGUAGCGGAAAGCGAGGGCCAAAAUUGUAAGGAAAAAUACGAAAAGGAUUUUGUCACGAACCCGGGAAUGAAUUCUGGGAAACGGAUCGAGAAAAAAACUCCGAAAGAUUGUGCAAAUGAUUUUUCCCGUCGAAAGAGGUCUUCUAGUUUAAGCUUACUAGGUUCACAUUCAUCUUAUGAGAAUGAAUCCUUCAUUUCUCACUUUGCCUUAAAUUCCUAACCGAUAAAUUCAAGAAGAUUCACAUUCAUCCUAUGAGAAUGAAUCCUUCUUUUCUCACUUUGCCUUAAAUUCCUAACCGAUAAAUUCAAGAAGAAGAGAAAGAAGAAAAAAAUUUUCACCAGAAGAUUCAUUAAAAAUUUUGUUAUUUAUUUAUUAAUUUUUUUUUCUCGCCGACAAAAUAUUCCUCAAAAUUAAACUAUCUUAUGGUCACGAAAGUUUAUCGCAACGUGAUAUAUGUAUGACGUGAUCUUAGGACGGGUCGUAAGACCGGCGUGCUGAGUGAAUGAAUAUAAUGUAUUAUAUAAAAUUCUAAGUGGAUUUAUCAAAAAAACCAAAGUUUAUGUAUGAAUAUUAUAUAUAAAAUCGCGGGUUGCAACUUUAUAAAAUAUAUAUAAAAGACUUUCAUCCUUUAGAUCAUCCAUCCUUCACUAACAUUUACACCCCCCUUUUUUUUCUUCUUCUUAAAUGACACUCGCAUACAUGAUAAGUAUUUAUUUCCCGAUACCUAUAAUUAAUUCGCCAUCUCCCCAAAAUCCAAUUUAAUAACUUUAAGAAGAAGAAAAAAAGUAUCAAAAAUCUUUUUGAGUGGUAUUUUGUAUACCACUCAAUAUUAUUUUAACUGAUAUAAUGUAUCAUAUUGGUUUAUUUUCCCAUUCGACGUACAUUCAUAUUUUUGUUCCGGGAUUAAUGGAGCAUGCCUAUUCUUAACAGCUCCAUUUCCGUUCAUUCCUUAUUUUUUUGUUUUGUAAAAGAACUUAUAAAAUAUAUAUUUUUGCACAGAAAUUUUUGAUAAUAUAUGAUAUGAAGCAUAUUAGACAGUCUUGUUUGAUAUAUAAUAUUUUGACAACAUUUUUCAGUCCAUUUUUUUGUGAAAUAUUUAAUUUUAAAAAUUUUUGUCACUUAACUAAGUUUCAAUGUCCCUUCACCCACACACCAAUUUUAUAAUAAGAAAACUAUGGAAUUUAGAUAAUUAUAGAGUUUAUAUUAUAUACGCACUCAUUUACAAUUGUUAUUUAUAUUAAUUCAUUACGUUACUUAAUAAAUGUGUAAUACUAAAAUUUAAAAGAAAAAUGGAAAAG